AUGGCCCCCCACACCCCAAAACGAGCCUGCGAUCAAUGUCACACACUAAAAGAAAAAUGCCGACGACCGAGUGCAACAAUCUCGUGCGAGCGAUGUGACCGUUUAAACCAAACCUGCAGAACGACACGAAACCUCGGAAAGCCCGGACGGAAACCACGCGUCGCAAUAAAACUAUCCUAUAAUCUUCCACCCAGCUUCGGUUCAGUCACCCGCAGCGCAAAGACACUUGACCUAUCUUCAUCCCAAAAUACACCAUAUCCCCAUUCCUACCUCCCCUUCGACGAAGGACUAUCCAGCAACCCAGCCCUGUUUCCCGAACUAGAUCAGUGGGAAAGGCAUUUCUUGAAUCUGAUGAAAGACAUCGUCGCACCAUCCCCGCUAGACAAGUUCCUGAUUGGACCAAGCUUCCGCGAGUCACACCACCGUUUGUUCGUGCAGAACCUGCUCCGACCCGCCCCCACAUCUGUAUUGAAAGACGCCACAAUCGCCUGUGCCGCAGUGCUCCUUGGAGACCAAUAUGCGCAGUAUACCAAAACAAGCGUCGAGAUCGGACACCGACGAGCUGCACUGGCUGUGUCGGGGUUGCGGUCAUUGAAAAUAUCCAAGGAGCAAGAUCUGGUUACUGCGCUCGUAGUUGGCAUGUCUAUGGUGACGUUUGCUAUGCAUGUUGCCGAUGGUCAGCCGUUUCUUAUAUCGCAUUAUACGCUGACGCUGGUCAAACCGGUGUAUCGGACUAUCUUGGCUAUGGAUCCUAGUGCUAUGGAUUUCUUGAUGUGUUUGGUUAGUACGGAGACGAUUGAAUGUCUGCUGAGGUCUGAGAUUCCGACUAUCCGCAUCGGUGAACAUGAUCGCUACAAUGUGGUUGAUCGGUAUCUUGGGCUUAGCUCGUCGCUUUUUGCUCACUUCUAUGAUAUCUGUGAGGCCAGUUAUUCGAUGAAGCUUACUGGUGGAAGAAUUAAUAUUGAGAUGGUGGAACGACUGGACACGAUACAAGAUUCUCUGGAGCGAUGGCAAUCAUCGCCCUCACCAGAAAUUCUUGGGAAAUUUACUCAGUCUGAGGUUUUGGGGAUGCUCGCUCAGGCUGAGAUCCUCCGUCUUGCGGCUUUGCUUAUUGUACAUCGGAUACGCCAUCCCUUUGGCCAACGCGACAAGGAAGCAUUGCAGCUGUCCAGUGCUAUUACCGCGAAGAUCGAUAUGGUAUUGCAAUCGACAGGGCGCUCAAUACCAUGCAUGCCACUACCCUAUAUGGCUGCAUGCUUUGAGAUUGACGGGGCUGAAGCGCGGGCCGCAGUCACUCGCAAGAUUCAUAAAGUCGUGACAUUCUCCCAGCAAUGGCAGCUUCAAGUUACGCGCUCCAUAUCCUCGGUAUGGAAUGCAAGGGACCGCGGAGACCAAAUCUACUGGUUCAAUCUAGAUAAUUGUAUACGCAAGAUGCCUUCCACAUGA